CAUAUUUGACACGUAAUUUGACUCAGAUAGUAGUCAUAGCAAACAUGGAGCCAAUUGCACAUCUCGUCAAAGUAUCUAUUCCGAAUUAUUUGGCUGGAUUACCGAUUCCAGAUUCUAUAGGAGGAUGGUUUCGAUUAGGAGCACUGAGAAAUAACUGUUUAAACAUGUUACCAUAAAUCGGGACAUUUCUACUUUGCUUGGGAGAAUGGUACAAAUAAUGUAAAAUGACGAGGAUUCUGUAUGUCCAUUUAGUACGAGACUGGAUCUCCUUAAUUCCACCUUCUGCGAUGCUUGCGGGCAUCGGUUACAUGUCCUACAAAGCAUUUUGUCCGUUAGCAAAAGGUCCGCCUUGUGGCCGUGUUAAUCAUACUAUAAAGAAGGAUGUAAGUAAAGUAGUAGACUCUGUUGAUAUAGAAGAUAUAACUGAAAAAGCUGUUUUCUGUCGCUGUUGGAGGUCUAAAAAUUGGCCGUACUGUGAUGGUUCUCAUGGACCACAUAAUCAAGAACAGAAUGAUAAUGUAGGUCCCCUUGUCGUUACCAAAAAGAAUGCUUAAUUGGAACCAAU